AUGUCCGCAAACGAUUUUUAUUCAUCCGGUGAUCAAGGAUCCUACGAACCAAGACGUGAUCAACAACAAGGUCAACAAGGUCAACAAGGUCAACAAGGUCAACAAGGCCAACAAGGAGAAGAUGGCGACAGAGGACUCAUCUCUACACUUGCAGGUGGUUCUAUUGGAGCAUUUGGUGGAUCCAAAUUAGGAGGAAACCACUCCACGUUGGGUGGUAUUGGUGGAGCUAUUGCCGGUGCAAUAGGAGCAAACAAGGUCGAAGAUAGAUUUGAAAACCACGGAUCUUCUAACAACAACCAUGGCCACAGUCAACAAGGAGGUGGAUUGAUGAGUGGAUUGAGCAGCUUUUUAGGUGGAGACAAACACGAAGGUAGAAACGACGGCUACGGUGGUAGUCAAGGUGGAUACGGUGGAAACCAAGGUGGAUAUGGUGGUAGUCACAGCGGUAGACAUGACGGUGGCAGACAUGAAGGUGGCAGACACGAAGGUGGAUACGGCGGUGGCCAAGGUGGAUUUGGCAGUGGAAACAAUGGUGGAAACCAAGGAGGUUACGGUGGUGGUCAAGGAGGCUACAGUGGUGGUCAAGGAGGUUACGGCGGUGGCCAAGGAGGCUACGGUGGUGGUCAAGGAGGCUACGGUGGUGGUCAAGGAGGUUACGGCGGUGGCCAAGGAGGUUACGGCGGUGGCCAAGGAGGCUACGGUGGUGGUCAAGGUGGAAACCAAGGUGGUAGAUGGUAA